AUGGAAAACAAUUCCAGCACUCCCUCGCUUGUGGGAUUCUCCGUGAGAGACACUGACGACUCCAAUAACCCAGAUUUCAGCGACGACAGAAGACCUAGUGUACCCGGCGCGCGGUCGUCGUCGCAGCUACUGGAAAAAAUACAUUCGUCAACUCAGCUCAAUAAGCUGGAGACGCCCUACACCACCGUAGAUGAGCUGAAUCGUGAGGGUGCGCUAUUGACCGACGAUAACGAAGUGGACCUUGAUCAAGUCGUCCAUGGCAAGCUGGACGACCCUGGCGCUUUGAAAAAAGCGCUUCUCAAGAAGAAGAACAAACAGGCGACAGCUGCCGGGAUAUCUGGAAAUCACAGAGGUCGGGUCCCGUUGCCUUCAUCAUCGACCCCGUCGAUCGCUUCGUCUUCUUACUCGCCCUCUCAAACACGCAGCUCGUCGCUAGUGACAUCCACAGACCCAGUUCACGGCUCCGUCUCUGCUUCUCGCCUUGGCAAUACCGCAGGCAACUUCCCGCUUCGCGAAAAUGAGAAAGACAACGAUAAGAUUCGUAACUCUUACGGCGAGUUCAUUUCAAACAGAUCUCAUCGUCCUCACUUGGCGGGCGGUGAUUCGUACCAAAGCACCACAGGCCAUGAAAGUGAGGACUCGCCCAGAGAACGUUCUGGCAGAACGUCGCGCAAAGAGGAUGCUUCUAGAGGCUACUUGAGAUCCCUUUCCCGCUCACUAAGUCGUGAUCCAAACAAGGCCCACGACCAAGAAGUUCUGGACGAUGCGCUAAUGUACAGCACCAACAAUUACCGUAUCUCAAGAAUUGAUCUCGAAAACGCCCCACACGUGAUCAAAGAAGAAAUAGAAGAAGAACAAGAUCAAGGAGCCCUUUUGAAUGAUGAAGGCGACGACCAGUACAGCCCAGAUUUGCAAGAGGCGGCAUCUGACCAGUGUAAGAAGUUGUAG